CUCCGUGAAUUUCAAUAUGCCCAAACAAUGAUAUUUGCCAUUGAGGAAAUCAACAACAGAACUGAUAUUCUUCCUGGGGUCAAACUCGGAUAUAAAAUCUAUGAUUCCUGUGGAUCAGUAGAAAUAACUACAAGAGCUACACUUUCCUUAGUUAAUGGCAAUGAAAGAAAUACUUCUGAAAUGUCUUGCUCCAAAUCUAAUGCAGUUCAAGCAAUCAUAGGUCAAACAGCGUCCAGUCCCUCUAUUGCCAUUGCUACUACUGUGGGAUCAUUGCACAUACCAGUGGUCAGUCACUUUGCUACAUGUGCAUGCCUAAGUAACAGGAAGAAAUAUCCAUCUUUCUUCAGAACUGUUCCCAGCGAUUACUACCAAAGCAGAGCUUUGUCUAAGUUGGUCAAGUAUUUUGGCUGGACAUGGGUAGGGGCUCUAUGUAGUGAUAAUGACUAUGGUAACAAUGGCAUUAAUGAAUUCAUCAUUGCAGCUAAAGAAGAUGGAAUCUGUGUUGAGUAUUCCAAAGCAAUCUUUAGAACAGAUCCCAGAGAAAAAAUUCUAAGAGUAGUUGAGAUUAUCAAGGCUUCAACCUCCAAAGUGAUUGUAGCAUUUGUCUCAUAUUCUGACAUUGGGGUUCUUCUUAAAGAAAUGGCUCUCCAGGACUUGACUGGGUUUCAGUGGGUUGGUAGUGAGUCCUGGAUUUCUGAUAUUAACCCAGAUAAUGCUCAGUGGCAGCAUCUUUUGAAAGGAUCCAUUGGUUUUGCAAUGCCAAAAGGCCAAAUUGAUGGCUUGGGGGAAUUUCUAACCAAGCUUACUCCAGCAUCUGAUACACCUAUUUUUAAUGAGUUGUGGGAGACCGUGUUUGAAUGUAAGCUUCCCACACAAAAAAAUGUGGAAAUAAAACAAACAUGCAAAGGCAAUGAAAGUCUCCGACAAGUUCAAAAUAUUUAUACAGAUGUUUCCGAAUUACGGGUUUCAAAUAAUGUUUACAAGGCAGUUUAUGCUGUGGCUUAUGCCCUACAUAACACAUAUGGUUGUUUAAAGACGGACAGUGAACAAGAAAGUCUUGCUGCAUGUAAAAAUAUAGCUAAUAAACCAUGGCAGGUAGUAAAUGGGCUGAAAAAACUCCAUUUUAUUAGUACAUAUGGAGAGGACAUAUACUUUGAUAAAAAUGGAGAUCCUGCAGCAAGGUAUGAACUGCUAAACUGGAAACAAGAUGAAUAUGGUAAAACGGUAUUUGCUACAGUGGGCUUCUAUGAUGGCUCUUUACAAACUCACCAUCAGCUGUCCUUUAACAACAUCAGUAUAGUCUGGGCCCAAAACAAACCACAGGUACCAGUCUCUGUGUGUAGUCAAAGAUGUCCCACUGGAACAAGAAAAGCAAUGCAGCAAGGAAAGCCAAUCUGCUGUUUUGACUGUAUACCAUGUGCAGAUGGGGAAAUCAGCAAUAUAACAGAUUCUCUAACUUGUAUCAAGUGCCUCCCAGAACUGUGGUCUAACGAAAUGAAAGAUACAUGUGUCUUAAAGCUAAUAGAAUUCCUGUCAUUUAAGGAAAUAAUGGGAAUCAUCCUUGCAUCAUUUUCUUUGUUAGGAGUAUCCUCCACCAUCUAUAUUGCAGCCAUUUUCCUUAAAUACAAGGAAACCCCAAUUGUUAAAGCAAAUAAUUCCGAACUGAGCUUCUUGUUGCUCUUCUCACUUUUCCUCUGUUUUCUUUGUUCCCUUACAUUUAUUGGUCAGCCCUCCGAGUGGUCCUGCAUGUUGCGCCACACAGUGUUUGGGAUCACCUUCGUUCUCUGCAUUUCCUGUGUUUUGGGAAAAACAAUAGUGGUGUUAAUGGCCUUCAGAGCUACACUUCCAGGAAGUAAUGUUAUGAAAUGGUUUGGUCCUUUACAGCAGAGACUUAGUGUUCUUGCUUUCACUUUUGUACAAGUCAUUGUUUGUGUACUGUGGUUAACACUAUCCCCUCCUUUUCCCUACAAAAAUAUGAAGUACUACAAGGAGAAGAUCAUAUUAGAAUGCAAUGUAGGCUCAGCUGUAGGUUUUUGGGCUGUGCUGGGUUAUAUAGGACUCCUGGCUGUUUUGUGUUUUAUUUUGGCUUUUUUGGCCCGGAAGUUGCCUGACAAUUUCAAUGAAGCCAAAUUCAUCACAUUCAGCAUGCUCAUAUUCUGUGCCGUUUGGAUCACAUUUAUUCCUGCUUAUGUCAGCUCUCCUGGAAAAUUCACUGUAGCUGUAGAAAUAUUUGCCAUUCUAGCAUCAAGCUUCGGUUUACUUUUCUGUAUAUUUCUUCCAAAGUGCUAUAUCAUCAUACUGAAACCAGAGAAGAACACUAAAAAGGAAAUGAUGGCUAAAGCACCUACUAUAUGA